AUUUGUUACUGCUCAUUCAUUGCCGUUUGCGUUGUGCUCCAUAAAUAAAAAAAAGUUUGUAAUUGUAGACAAGUGCAUACAAUAUGUCGCGCAACGCUUAUCUCACGUUUUUGCUGAUACUUGCAUCCAGCUGCCUGUUCUUCACUGUCAGCGGCCGUCGGACCUAUCCACGUGCAACCACAACACCCAAACCGACGCCACCGCCUAUACAAACACCUAAAGAAUACUUGGAAAGCCAACCGGGACUUUCAACAUUUGGCAUUAUUGUUAUUAUUUUUUUCGUCAUUGUGCUCGGAUUGGUGUUCUACUAUGGUGUUAUGUGUUAUCCAUUUCUGUGCCGAGAAGAGAAGAAAUAUCGGUUUAUGGAUGUAUCUUCGACCAUAACGGCAGCCACAUCGCGCUCCAUACAAUCAAUCGAGAAUUAUCCGGUCGAGAAGCAUCAUCAAAUGGCCUGAGGCAAAGGCGUUAAGGUCCAGGCACAAGAGAUAUCGAAUCGAAUAGUAACACAGAAAAGACUUUUAAAACGCCAACAAGUAACAAAAUUCUAUGCGAGGAAUUAGAUUUAAUUAUUUAGCAUUUACAAAUUUCUUAUCUAGCAGUUAGUUUACGCGUUUGGCUGCAAGAACGACAACAUAUAUUUUUAUGUUCAAUGCAAUUGUAAAUUUGUCUGUCUGUCUGUCCCUACAUACAUACAAAGAGAUGUAUGUAAGUUGUUUGGGCCACUCGAUGCGUUUGCUCAUGCGCAACGGCAACAACAACAACAGCUACAACAAUCAACAGUUCGUGUUUGUGUGGACACUGUCCCUUUUCAGAUUCCGUUUUGUGCGCUCAUUCGAAAAUCCCUUUGAGCAUUAUUUCAGUAUCUUCUUUUUAACGACUGUCUUCAGUUCUUAUUCAUUAUCUGUGCAGGUACGUGCCACUUUGAAUGCUUUUAACGAUAUCGGGCCCAGCAAAAUGAAUUUAAACAGUCAUCAGAGCGCCAAGUAUAAAAUUGUGGCAAUUGAGUCACGUUGGCCAAAAUGUUGUGUCGUUGUUUGCUUUUGUUGUUGUAGUUAGUCUUGCAAAUGAGCUCUACAGAAAAGAAAGCCGAGAAGAACUGAUGAUUCAACACUAUUUGCAUUUACAUAAUUCGAAUAAUAUAAUAACAUUUGUGAUCAAUGGCUCCAAUUUUAACGCGUCAGCAAGAAUACUCUUAUACAAAUAUUACAAACUGAAAUGUUGCAAUUCGUUGAGAAUGCUAGAGAAGUUAAAAGACGCGAACUCUAUUUUUUGAGACUAUUCGAUUUACAUCCAUUUACAUAAAUCUAGCAAUAAUUUAGGAUUAAUACAUUUUGCUCACAGGUUGUACCCACAGAGUACUUAAUUUAUGCAUUAACUUUUUACAAGUUAAGCUUGCCAAGAAUUUUGAAUAAGGCAUUUAUAAACAUUGUGCAUUUAGUAACGUACCUUCAUAAUUGCGGGUUCAAGGAUGUCACAUUAAUUGUUGAGAGCUGUUUUUAAAUACCCUUCACUGUUUAAGUUAAAUGAAUGAAUGAAACUAUACAAAAUAAUUGCCGUAUUAUUUGGAUUAUUUUUGGACACAAUGUUCAUUUAUUCAUUUUCUUCUUGCACGUUCAGUGACGAAAUUCAAGAUUCACUUUUUAAAUGUUUCCUUCUUAUUACCUUUAAUCUUUACCAUCAAACAUCCAGAGACUCGUUACUUAGAUUCCAGAUAAAACUAGAGAUAAUCAGAUAUUAUGGGAUUAAAUGACUGAAGACUAUCUGGUUUUGUUUUAUACAAUUUUAUCGCAAUUUUCAUCAAUAUGUGUGACAUCCGAGACCAAGCAGGUAUAUUGAAAAUAAUGUGUCAAAUACUUUUAAGUACAUAUAUUUAGUAGUAAGCAAAUAUUUAGAGAUUUUUUAAACAUUUUUAUAGAAAUUUUUA